GAUUAAAGCAGCUGAGGUUGUCUCUUCCUUACUCAUUUGCAGUCAAAGCCUCUCCACCACUACAACCUCUGCUUCCAGAGUGGACACAGGGGAGGAGACCAGCAGACCAUUCCCGUGAGGUCCAUCCACAAGUGACCAUGUAUGAGGACUGUGUGAAGACCACUGAAGACUAUUACCUCUUCUGUGACAAUGAGGGGCCAUGGGGCAUUGUUAUGGAGUCCUUGGCAGCAAUUGGCAUAGUGGUUACAAUAUUGCUGCUCCUGGCAUUUCUCUUCCUCAUGCGAAAGGUGCAAGAUUGUAGCCAGUGGAAUGUCCUUCCCACCCAGUUCCUCUUCCUUCUGGGUGUGCUGGGGCUCUUUGGACUUGCUUUUGCCUUCAUCAUCCAACUCAACCAGCAAACAGCCCCUGUGCGCUACUUCCUCUUUGGGACGCUCUUUGCCGUUUGCUUCUCCUGCCUCUUGGCUCAUGCCUCCAACCUAGUGAAGCUGGUCCGGGGCAGAGUCCCCUUCUGCUGGACAACAAUUCUGUUCAUUGCUAUUGGUGUCAGCCUGUUGCAGACCAUCAUUGCCAUAGAGUAUGUGACCCUCAUCAUGACCAGAGGCAUGAUGUUCGUGCACAUGACACCCUAUCAGCUCAAUGUGGACUUUGUCUGUCUUCUGAUCUAUGUCCUCUUCCUGAUGGCCCUCACGUUCUUUGUCUCCAAAGCCACUUUCUGUGGCCCGUGUGAGAACUGGAAGCAACAUGGAAGGCUCAUCUUCGCCACUGUGCUUGUCUCCAUCAUAAUCUGGGUUGUGUGGAUCUCCAUGCUCAUGAGGGGCAACCCACAGCUCCAGCGACAACCCCACUGGGACGACGCAGUCAUCUGCAUUGGUCUGGUCACCAACGCGUGGGUUUUCCUGCUUCUGUACAUCAUUCCUGAGCUGUGCAUCCUCUACAGAUCCUGUAGGCAGGAGUGUCCUCCUCAAGGCAAUGCCUGCCAGGUCCCCGCCUACCAACGCAGCUUCCGGAUGGAGAACCAGGAGCUCUCCAGAGCCCGAGACAGUGAUGGAGCUCAGGAGGAUGUAGCACUAAAUGCACUUGGUACUCCCAUUCAGCUGCAGACUGUUGAUUCUACACAGGAGUAUCUCAUCCCACGAGCUACACUGAGCCCACAGCAAGAUGCAGGAUUAUAAAGCUACAGGAAACAUGAGUGGAGAGAACCCAGAAGACCAGCCGGGCUCAACACAGCCCUGAGAGGCCUGGGAGAGCUCACCAGCCAUGCUGUCGAUGAAGUACCCAUCCUAUCCCUUCCUCUGUUUCCUAAUCCUUUCCACCCUUCUGGACCCUGCCUCUGAAGACUCUUUGCCAUACACCAUUACAAUCUUGCUGUCGCC